CCAAACAGGAAGAUGGUGAUGCGUUGGCCGAGUGCUGCAGCUGUUAAAUGGUUGCUGUUGAUGCUCCUAUGGCAGUGGACAGUGCUGGGCCACCUCGGCUGGGUUCUGGCCCUGGCUGAGGGACAGCAGAGUAAGAACCCCUCACUCACUGCUGCCAGCACUGGACGCCAGAUUGGCGGCCACCUGGAUUGGCUACUGUCCGAGAAGGGACCUUUCCACCGUUGUCCUGAAUACACAGAGUUCAAAGAACGCUUCCAGCAGGGUUUCUCCACACGCUAUAAGAUCUACAGGGAAUUCAGCCAUUGGAAAGUGAACAGCUUGGCCACAGAGAAGAGGGCCUUUUUUAAGGCACCCUUGCCGCUGGCGCCGGAGUUUCUACGCAACCUGAGGUUGCUGGGCCGAAGACCAAGUCUGCAGCAGAUCCACGAGAACUUGAUCAAGAAAUAUGGAACUCACUUUUUGGUGUCUGCUACGCUAGGAGGAGAAGAAUCGUUGACAAUCUUCCUGGAUAAGCAGAAGCUCAGUAAGAAAUCGGUGGGACAAGGAAACAGCUCUGUGGUCUCCCUGGAAGUACUGCAUCAGUUGGCUGCCUCUUAUUUCACAGACCGUGAGAGCACCUUGAGACGACUUCACCACCUACAGAUAGCCACCUCCGCCAUAAAGGUAACAGAAACUAGGACCGGGCCCCUUGGAUGCAGUAACUAUGACAGCCUUGAUUCUGUUAGCUCUGUCUUGGUACACAGUCCUGAAAAUAAAAUACAGCUAAAAGGUUUACAGGAUGUCCUUCCAGAAUUCCUCCGGAACCGUUUUGUGGAGGCUGCUCUCAGCUACGUGGCAUGCAACUCUGAGGGGGAGCUUUUGUGUCGUAACAAUGACUGCUGGUGCCGCUGCUCUGCCAAGUUCCCAGAUUGUAACUGCCCCUUUGCUGAUAUUAAAGUCAUGGAGGAAAAUCUGCACAAAAGCAAGGAAUCCUGGACCAACUUCAACACCGAAUUCAUGGAAUCAGACGAAUUCAAGGCCUUCAUGAAAAAACUACCAACAGACCGUUUUUUAAACACAUCCUUGGUAUUCAAGUUUUGGACAGCAGAUGCAGCUCUCCAGAGGCGCUACAUCCAAUUGGAGAGCAGCACCAAUUUGAUUCUUGGGAAAGCCCAGAAGAUUGUGAGGAAACUCUUCACUCUGAGCAAGCGAUGUCCCAAACUGCCAAGGAUCAGCCUCCCAAGAGAAAGGUAUAACAUUACGCAAAUGUCUCUCUUCUUGUUUCACGAAUUAGCCCAUUUUAAAUACCUAAUAUUGUGCUCUUUUCUCUUUAGGACACCAGGAUUUUGGCUGAACAGGGCCCAGUCACUCCUGUACUGCAAUGAGCAUGGAGUCCUGGGCACGUUUUCAGAGGAGGUGCAGAGCUGCACCUGCACUGCAGAGCACAGUAGUGCCUGCCAGGGGACAGUGCCCUGUGAGGUCGGAGAAGGGUCAUCCUGCCUCUCAUGUGCCCCAGACAACAUCACACGCUGUGGCUCCUGCCACCUUGGCAACAUCCUGCACCUGGGCUCGUGUCGGCCCAACAUAGCAAACUCUCUGGACCACUACCUGAACAUUGACUUUGACAUGCCGGAUGCAGAGUUCAAGUACCUGCUCCAGCGGCUGGACAGUCGCAUGGAGGUCCAUGCCAUCUACAUCAGCAAUGACGUGCGUCUGGGCAGCUGGUUCAACCCAGCCUGGAGGAAACGCAUGCUCCUCACUCUAAAGAGCAACAAAAACAAAUCCAACCUCAUUCAUAUGCUAAUGGGUAUCUCAUUCCAGAUCUGUUCUACUAAAAACAGUACCCUGGAGCCUGUGCCUGCCAUCUAUGUCAACCCAUUUGGGGGUAGCCACUCAGAGAGUUGGUUCAUGCCUGUCAACCAGCAGGACUUCCCAGACUGGGAAAGAACUAAGGUGGAUGUCUCUCUGCAGUGCUACAACUGGACACUGAUGCUGGGCACCAAGUGGAAGUCCUUCUUCGAGACGGUGCACAUUUACCUGCGCAGCCGCAUCCUGACAGAUGACCCCACCAUCAACGAGACCCUUUUCUACGAACCCCUGGACCUAGAUGACCACACGUCCAACCUGGGCUACAUGAAGAUCAACAAUCUCAAGGUGUUCGGCUACAGCAUGCACUUUGACCCCGAGGGCAUCAAAGACCUGAUUCUGCAGCUGGACUACCCUUACACGCAAGGCACCCAGGAUGCAGCCUUUCAUAUGCUGCUGGAGAUGAGAGACCGCAUCAACCGGCUCUCCCCGCCUGGAUUGCAGGCAUUGGACCUCUUUUCAUGUCUGCUCCGCCACAGGCUCAAGCUCUCCACUAGUGAGGUGGUGCGCAUCCGAGACUCCCUCCAGAUUUUCAACUCCAAGCUGCCCAAUUCCUCGGAGGCAGAGCUGGGCCAGUUGUGCAGCUAGCUCAGUCUAAAUUAGAGUCCAGAGAGUGCUGUGCUGCGCUGCUGGUUACUCUUCAGUCAGUUGCCAAUUUAUCCAUCUGGUUUGGAAAACAUGCACAUAUAUUUCUCUGAGAUGUCUAGAGCAUUCCUAUACACUGGUUGACAGAGCUCGGAGUGUGUUGGCUCUGUUGGAUGUGAAGUGAUGUCAUGACAACAGAUUUUGCUUUGCACAGAUAGAGUUUUUAAUAUAAAGAGCGAGGAACUGAGUUUGGAAAAUAAUUGCUCUGGAUUGUUCAUCUGUUGGCAGUAAGUUGAGGAAACAGAAGAGGAUUUCCCUUUCUAACACUUUUUUCUUUGUUUACAGAAUGAUUUCAUUUCAAAGAGUCUGAUGGGCUGAAUGAGUUGAUUAUGCUUACAAAAUGACACAU